GACCCGCUCUGCGAUCCUCGUGUGCAGGUAUCAUCGUAACUUCUUCUCCAGCUCGUCAUUUUCCACAGAGAAUGAAACACACUCUGCGAUCCUCAUGUGGUACGACCAGUUGACAGUCCUGAUAAUCGAUUGCUUCCAACGGGCCGUUGGUCCAAGAACAUUUAUAAGGAGUGCUGACGGACUUUCGAGUCUCAACGCAUAAUCAGGAUGUUUAACACUCUUCAACUCUUCAUCUCUGUACUCGGAUUUAUUGCAGGAACAUGCACGGCGCAAACAACUGUUAGCGUUAGCGCAACAGCUAGCCACGCUAUUCCGACCAGCCUAUGGGGUAUUAUGUACAAGUAAACCUCUUACAGAGCGGAGACGGCGGUCUCUAUGCCGAACUUCUGCAGAAUCGCGCUUUCCAGCAAGUCGCGCCAGGCACUACAGACGCACUUAAUGCUUGGCAGGCAAUCAAUGGUGCAUCCUUGACUGUUGUUGCGGAUACUCAGCCGGUCUCCUCUGCUCUCCCCAAUGCGCUAAGCGUGGUUAUCCCUGAUGACAGUACUGGCCCAGUUGGCUUCGGGAAUACUGGCUACUUAGGUAUCAACGUAACCCCGGGAAGCGUAUACACCGCCUCGUUCUUCUACCGUUUCCUGCCCGCAAGUUCUUUUCAAGGAGACUUCAACGUAGGACUUCAGACGACAUCCGGCCAGAUUCUCGCUAAUGCCUCAAUCUGCGUGUCGGGUUCCCAAACGUCUUGGACUCAAGUGACCACCACAUUAUCACCAACUACGAGUCCUGCGUCUACGGAGAACAUCUUCACUGUCACCGUGUAGUAUCAAAACACUCCGGGAGGGGUUGGACCAUUGGUAGAAAACCGUAACGUA